CAGCUCAGGGGCGCCUAGCUAUCUUUUGUACUUACUCAAGUCUGGUGAUAUCCCAAAAUAUGGCGUGCUGAUAACGACAUUUUGGGUGCUAUCGUCUACUUACUUUUCCAUAAAACAAGAGUUUGGUCUCCAGAGAAAUUGUCGCCAUCAUGGUCCAAGCCCCCGUUACUGAUAUCUUCGGCUCCCUAAGCGCUUUCCCCCACUACGACGAAACCACACACAUAGGGACACGUUUUCCCUCCAAAGCCACACAGCUUUCCUCAUUUCUGUCCAGCGAUGAGCUCCUCAAAGACCUGGCUACACUCGUCAGCCACCGAGGCGUCGUGUUCUUCCUUGAUCAAGACAUCACGAUUGAUCAGCAGAAGGAGCUCGCGAGGCGGAUGGGAAAGCUCUCUGGUAACCCUAGGACGUCAGAUUUGCACAUCCAUCCGAUCUCUGAAGAUGUCCCUGAGCUUGGGAAGGAUGUUAGUGUGAUUUCGAGCAAGGGGGGGAUUGCCCGCGCCGGACUAGAUCAAAGUACGAGGGCGAGCAAGGGAUGGCAUGCAGAUAUUACUUUUGAGAGGAUCCCUUCAGAUUACGCGUUGUUGAAGAUGCAUACGCUACCACCUGUUGGAGGUGAUACUCUAUGGGCAAGCGGUUACGAAUCCUACGAUAGGCUUUCGCCUGCAUACCAGCGAUUCCUCGAAGGCUUGCAUGCCUCGCACAGUGGUGCCCUCUUCAACGAAUACGCCCGCCGGCAUAACCUUCCUAUCCAAGACCCUCGCGGCGCGCCAGAGAAUGCUGGCUCCGACUUGACUGCUAUUCACCCUGUCAUCCGAACGAACCCGGUAACUGGAUUCAAGUCUUUAUUCGUGAAUCAAUCGUUCGCGAAGCGCAUUAUCGAAUUGACCUUGGACGAGUCUGAUGAUGUUUUGGCGUAUUUGUCAAGGCAUAUUUCGGAGAAUCAUGACCUUCAAGUCCGUUUUCGAUGGUCAAAAAAUGAUGUCGCGAUUUGGGACAACCGGUCCACUUUCCACACUGCAACUAACGACUAUGGAUCGAGUCUACGCCAAGGUAACCGUGUUGUAAGUUUGGGAGAGAGGCCAUUCUUGGAUCCAAAUUCCAAGGGCAGGAAGGAAGUCUUUGGUAUACCACUUUGAUCUGUACGAUAUCAUGAGUGGUUUUUAUACAUGUAACAUUUCUUUCGUGCGACGAUAAAUGGACUUUGAAUCUGAAGACGCACGGACUUGUCCGGACACCCGUUUCUCAACGUGAAAUGCGAGGAUUGUAUGUUCGCCUCGAGUUUUGCUCUUUUCAGCGUGGGAAGAAAGCAAUGGUGGCGGUCCGAGUAACAGCAAGAUACUACAAGCGGUUACGAUGAGGUGAGGAGCCCACAGCUGGCGGCAUUCAAGCGAGUUGGUUGUGAUGAUAUCACUCACAGGAGAACGUCGGCUGAGAUUGGACCGUCCGUACCGAGAAUCUUUCCUGCCUGAGCGUCAUGAGAACGAGCAGCGGAUUCUCCGGACCGUUCAAUAAUUGUAAGUAUUUCACCCAGAUGUUGAGAA